AUGAUUGCUAUCUACACAUUUAUACUGCUGGCCUCAUUGGCGUGCAAAGGUCUUGUUGCUCACCCUACAAUUUACCCACAUGUUGCUUUAAAACGGCAGCAAAGUGGUCCUAUACGUGUUCUUCCAUCACCGCCUCCUCCAAUUAUCAGCUAUCAUAUACAUAUCUUGUAUACUCUAUUCAAUCCAUCGUCGGUAAAGGCAGCAUUAGCACUUCAUAACCUCACACGUCAGCAGUUCCAGGAUUAUCUUGGUCCAGAUUGUCCGGGUCGAUAUGACUAUGGAUAUCUAUGCAUGAUUAAUGAUCACGAUAUCGAAAAUACAACGUUGAUUGGUGGACCUUUCGUCAGUGGUGAAUGGUCUAUAUUUCUACCGAUUGGAUAUUAUGCAGUCGUUACUCCAUGGCUUUUACAAAACAAAGGCGAUCUUUCUAUGCUCGUACAUCCAAAUUCAGGAUAUGAAUAUGAAGAUCACAGCAUAUGGGCCCAAUGGGCUGGACAAACAUGGCCAUUAGAUAUGUCUAUCUUUGAGAAAGAGACGCAAACCAAUGAAUUUGGACACUACCCAGGCGAUUCAGAUAAUCCGGUGUGCCUUUUGAAAGAUGCCGUAUGUGGUGAUGGUAAGCUGAGUCCUUCUGCUCUAUGCUGCUAUGAUCUGGCAUGCAAAACAGCUGAAACAAUUGCCAACGGUGUCUCAAACUUGACGAUUCAUCGAUGUGGUUGA